AUGGUUAUGGUGGUGGUAGUGGAGGUGUUGGUGGUGGUGGUGCUGUUUGAGGUGAUGAUGGAAAUGAUGGUGGUGGUGAUGGUGUUGGUUGUGGUGAUUGUGAUGGUGGUGGUGGUGGUUAGUGGUGAAGGUGGCAGUGUUAGAGAAGGUAAUGUGAGUGGUGGAGGUGGCAGUGUUGGAGAUGGCAAUAGUGAUGAUGGUAAUGAUGAUGGUGUUGGUGAGUGUAGUGAUGGUGAAGUUGUUGGUGGUGAUGAGGAUGAUGUUGGUGAUGGUGGUGGUGGUCGUGAUGGCGUUGCUGGUGUAGGAGGUUGUGGUGGUAAUGGUGAUGGUGAUUUUUGUCCUGUUGGAGGUGGUAAUGGUGAUGAUGGUAAUGGUGGUGGUGGUAAUGGUGUUGGUUGUUGUGAUGGUGAUGGCGGUGGUAAGGGUGUUGGUUGUGGUGAUGGUGAUGGUGCUGGUUGUGGUGAUGGUGAUGGUGUUAGUGAUGGUUAUGGUGAUGGUUGUGAUGGUGAUGGUUGUGAUGAUAAAAAAUGGUGA